AUAUACAUAACAGCGCUGUAGCCGCAUGCAUUUACCCAAAUCCCACGACGUAGACAGAAGCUACCGACAACCCGAAGGGAACGAUAUCCAUGACCAUGACGCCCUUGUCACUGUCAUUUUCGAGUCUGUUAAAGAAUAAGGAUUCUCUGCAGAAGUUUUUCAAUUGCUACAAUGCCUUCCACGCGCAGCAUGACAUACCACGGUACUUCGGAAACCGAACGCCGUGGAAGAAGGCUCGGUUAUGGGAGCGGAAUUUCAGUGCGGUGUCCCGCAGUAGGUUCAUCGGCCAAGUGUUGGCGGAACAACCCUGUGCCAAAAACUAUGCGAAGGAAGCUACUAUGUGUACCACUUCUGCAAGUGGCCAAGACAUGACCAACUGGUUGUGGUCUAUUUACAACGAAACCAAAAAACAGACCGAAGCCCUGAUCCCUGUGAUAUCUAAGAACAGUGUGAACCCAGACACCAUCUUUGCCAACAACGAGAUGAGUCUGGGUGACAUCGAGAUCUAUGGGUUUGACUAUGACUACACUCUGGCCUUCUACUCCAGACACCUCCACACCCUUAUCUUUAACAUCGCCAGGGAUAUCCUCAUCCAGGAGCACAGGUACCCUGAGGGCUUGCGAGAGUACGAGUACAUCCCUAACUUUGUUGUCAGAGGACUGCACUAUGAUGUCCAAAGGGCUUUGCUGAUGAAGAUAGAUGCAUUUCACUACAUACAGCUGGGAACCGUAUACAGGGGUCUUCACCCGGUACCAGACAAGGAGGUGAUUGCCAUGUACGAUGGCUGCCAUGUCCCUCUGGAGAAUAUGAGUGACUUCUAUGGCAAGAGUUCCCAUGGCCACACAAUGAAACAGUAUAUGGACAUCUUUUCCCUCCCAGAGAUGAACCUUCUGUGUUCCGUUAACGACUACUUCAUGAAGCACAAUAUCGACUACGAGCCCGUCCACCUCUACAAAGACGUCAAGGAAGCGAUAGGAGAUGUCCAUGUGAAGGGUAUUAUGUAUCGGGCUGUGGAGGCAGAUAUCGAGAACUAUAUUUCCUAUGGAGAACAGACUCAUGCUGUGCUGAAGAAGCUUUAUGAGGAUGGAAAGAAGAUGUUCCUCAUCACUAACAGCCCCUUUGACUUUGUGGAUCGGGGAAUGAACUACAUCGUUGGGAAAGACUGGAGAGAUCUGUUUGACAUUGUCAUCGUACAGGCCGACAAACCUGGUUUCUUCAACGACAGGAGAAAGCCCUUCAGGCGAGUGACAGAUAAAGGAGUGCUGCAUUGGGACAGGAUUCACAAGCUGGAGAAGGGGAAGAUCUACAAACAGGGAAACCUCUAUGAGUUCCUGAGACUGACUGGCUGGAGGGGGUCCAAGGUGUUGUACUUUGGAGAUCACAUCUACAGUGACCUGGCAGACCUGACCCUGAAGCACGGCUGGAGGACUGGCGCCAUCAUCCCUGAGCUGAGGAAAGAGAUCAAGAUCAUGAACACUGAGGAAUGUGUUCACCUGAUGACCUGGUUACAGGGUCUGACUGGGCUGAUAGAACACAUGCAGGUCCACAGAGAUCCAGCUUCUCAAGCUGUCGUCCAGGAGUGGAUCAAAGAGAGAGAAGCCAUGAGAUCGCAGACAAAGGACAUCUUCAAUGGCCAGUUUGGGAGUCUCUUCCGGACCUACCACAACCCCACCUACUUCUCCCGCCGCCUGUCUCGUUUCGCUGACAUCUACAUGGCGUCCCUCAGCUGUCUGCUCAACUAUGACUUCCAUCACACCUUCUUCCCCCGUCGUACGCCCCUGCAACACGAGUCACCCUUCUGGCCCGAGCAGACCAGCGCCGGGGCCCUGAAGAUGCCCUUCAUACCCCCACAGAACCACAACUGAAGAGUAGAACAGGGAAUGGGGGGGGGGUUCAGUGUGACACCCCGUCCGGGCUUGACUCAGACUAGAGAGGCUAGGGUGACAGGUUUCACUGCGACACUCCGUCCAAGACCUGAUCUAAGUAGAGAGGGGAGGGGGAAGGGGUUCAUUGUGACACUCUGUCUUGACCUAAUCUGAAUAGAGAGGGGAAGGUUUUCACUGCGAAACUUCGUCCAAGACCUAAUCUGAAUAGAAAGGGGAAGGGUUUCACUGUGACACUCCGUCCAAGACCUGAUCUAAGUAGAGAGGGGAGGGGGAAGGGGUUCAUUGUGACACUCUGUCUUGACCUAAUCUGAAUAGAGAGGGGAAGGGUUUCACUGCGACACUCCGUCCAAGACCUGAUCUGAGUAGAGAGGGGAGGGGGUUCAUUGUGACACUCUGUCUUGACCUGCUCUGGACACAGAGCUCUCAAAUACCUGUUUCACUCUAUCAUGCUGACCUGAAACAUACUGAAACAUAUGUAGACAUGCCAGCUGAGUAGGGUGAAAAGGGUAGAAGAUGGCGUACGGGACCCUGCUGACUCGGACUUACUGUCUCUAUUUUCUACUGAUGUCAUCUCAUGUUGACCUUACUCUAUUUUCUACUGAUGUCAUCUCCUGUUGACCUACGGUUAGCUUAGGUUAGCUUAGUACGCUAUACCAAAACACGACACAAUACGUUUGCUUGAAUGUUCUUGACACACAUACAGAAUGGAAACAAAUAACAAUUUACUCAGAUCUGCAAACUUGCAUCCAAACAAUAUACAGUUGAAGUCGGAAGUUUACAUACACCUUAGCCAAAUACAUUUAAACUCAACAUUUAAUCCUAGUAACAAUGCCCUGUCUUAGGUCAGUUAGG